AUGGCAGUGGCUUCUCCUGUCAAAGUGGUUCUUGGCUCGAUUGCUUUUGCAGUCUUCUGGGUGUUGGCUGUGUUUCCGGCUGUCCCUUUCUUGCCAAUUGGGAGGACUACAGGGUCCCUCCUUGGGGCAAAGCUUAUGGUUGUUUUCCGAGUCUUAACUCCUGAUCAAGCAUAUGCAGCUAUUGAUCUCCCAAUCAUCGGUCUUCUGUUUUUGGACAAUGGUUUUUCGAGCGCCCUCUUCACCAAUGACACCUCUUGUGUGGUUUUGACCGAGUUUGUUCUGAAAGUUGCAAGACAACAUAACCUCCUGCCUCAUCCUUUCCUACUUGCCCUUGCCUCGAGUGCAAACAUUGGGUCUGCCGCAACCCCGAUUGGCAAUCCUCAAAACCUUGUUAUAGCUGUACAGAGUAAGAUAUCUUUCGGGACAUUUGUGAUUGGAAUUCUCCCUGCAAUGCUUGUGGGAGUUUGUGUGAAUGCUUUGAUUCUUCUAUGUAUGUUCUGGAGAUUGUUGUCUGUCCAGAAGGUUGAGGAAGAUCCAGCUCAGAAACCUGUUGCAGAGGAUGAUGUAAGUUCUCAUCGGUUUUCACCAACUACGUUGUCACAUAGUGCAUCCUUAAACUCUAGAUUGGAAACCCCGGCUGUAAAAACCUCUUCAAAUGUUAAUGUGAGCGUAGGUAAUGUUGAGACUCUCAGAAACUGCUUACCUUCGAGCAAGAAUGAAAUAAACAAGGUUCCUAGUGGUGCGAUAGAGCCUGCAAGAAUUUCAAGUGCAUCAAAAGAGGACACGAAUGAUUUGUCUUCUACUAAAAGGGACGAAACAAUCCCAUCAAAAAGGUCUCCAUUGAAUGAUGGACAAACAGAUGCAUUUCCUACGGAGUCGUUGGAAGGGAAGGAACAUCUAACCACAAGAUGGAAAAGGAUGUUGUGGAAAUCUGGUGUUUACCUUAUUACUAUAGGAAUGCUGAUUGCACUGCUUAUGGACCUCAAUAUGUCGUGGUGUGCGAUUACUGCUGCACUUGCUCUGAUUGUUCUUGACUUCACGGAUGCCAGUCCAAGCCUAGAAAAGGUCUCCUAUUCGUUCUUGAUUUUCUUCUGUGGAAUGUUUAUAACCGUCAGUGGAUUCAACAAGACCGGCAUUCCAAGCGAUCUUUGGGACUUCAUGGAGCCCCAUGCGCAAAUUGAUCAUGCUAGCGGGAUAACAGUUCUUGCAGUCACCAUACUUGUGCUGUCGAAUUUGGCUUCAAAUGUACCAACUGUUUUGUUGCUUGGAGGGCGGGUGGCAGCGUCGGCGGCCCUAAUCUCUGCCGCGGAGGAGAAGAAGGUGUGGCUCCUAUUAGCUUGGGUGAGCACCGUGGCCGGAAACCUGUCGCUUUUGGGAUCAGCAGCCAACUUGAUAGUGUGCGAGCAGGCUCGCCAAUCUCCACAACUUGCCUACACAUUGUCCUUGUGGAGGGCAAGCAUCUUUGUAUAG